AUGAAAACCAUCUACAUCGUAAGACACGGCGAGACACCAAUCAACAAAGAGAAACUGAUCCAUGGGAGGACAUUCAAACCCGAUUGUACACUGAGCGAAAAAGGGUUCACACAAGCAGAGGAGUUUUACGAAGCACACAAAGACUUGAAUAUACAACACAUCUUCACCUCGUCACUCCUUCGUUCACAACUGUCCGUCAACAAAUUCCUUGAAAAGUAUCCACACACUGCUUUAAAGGAAUUCGAUGAAGUCGAUUUUGGUGAAGCCGAAGGUAAAACAAUUUUCGAAAAUGGGGUAUGCAGACUCGACCCAGCUUUUAACGAGUGGGCUAAAGGUAAUUACGAUGCAAAGAUGCCGCGCGGACAGUCGAUGAAUGAAGUCAUCGAAGAACAAAAACGUGGUAUGGAAAUAGUCACAAACACACCAAGUGACGUUCUCAUCGCCUCCCACCGUCGCGCAAUUGUCAUUUUUCUCAGUUGGACGCUCCAAAUCCCGUACAACAAAGCGAUGUCCAUUGAAGUUCGCAACCUUCAAAUGUUCCGCAUAGGCUUUGAAAAGUCCACAAACACCUUUGUCGACAUCGACAACAUCGCUACUCAAUGCAACACCACAAACAAAAAUUUCAAUAACAUUUUCAAUUGA